CGUGCUCUUCGAGAUUCGUUCGGUCGGUUUCAGUAAGUCACGAGUAGCGUUGCUCUCAGCACGUACGUACCUCCUCUGACUACGUAUACACGUAUAUUUAAUAUAUAUAUACGUACACACGCCUAUAGGAAUACUAUACAUUUCCGUAUAUCCUCGUCGUCGUCGCGGUCGUAUCGUGCGGUAAGUUUUCAAAACUUUAUAUUAUUUUAUUUUAUUUUAUUUUUUUUUUUCUAUUAUCGUUCAGCUGCACGGCGUACAAUAUAGGUGCUUGGAGAUUUUCUAUACAUUUUUUUUCGUACCUCCCCCCCCCUCUGCCACCUGGACUAUAAUAACAAGAAUACAAUUCAUUGUACGUUGUGGUAGAACGUAUAAGUGAAAUUUCGGUUUACGGGGUCGGACACGGUUCGAAAGAUCGAUUUUCGUUCGUCUCCCACAUGCGGACUUCGAAUAGUAAAAAAAAAAAAAAAAAAAAAACUUCUAACCAAAAUUUCGGGGUGUUUUCGCGUUAUUUGGGAACACGGGACACGGCGUUUUAGUUCAAAAAUAUUGUACAGUACCUAAACGUGCGGCGCAUGCGCGGGCCACAGCGCGUAAAACUCUAAAAUCGAUAAUAUAACCGUCAGAAAUAAAACUUGUCCAUUCACCGGGGGCCAUUGAUACUGUAAUACAUUAUUUGCGUGUAGAAAUGUGUUGUUUUAUUUGAAUAGUGUAGAAUAUAUUUUAUACAAUACGCACUCGAAAUGUUUUUCGAAAAAUAUUAUUCGAACGAAAUUACGAACGAUUCAAUGGAAGUUUUUUUUUUUUUUUUAUCGUUUUAAGUACGUGUCAUAUCCGCGUGUGCUGUCUUGCCGGCACACUACACACGUGUGGCAAAACCAUCAUUAUACGUCAGAGACCGAAUAGAAUUCGCUCGAUUUCGGUUUUAUAGUAACAAAAAAACGACGGUCGUAAAAUUAUAAGAGAUCGAAAAAGCAAGAUGCCUCGUUUGAAAAAAUUUUUUACAAAAAUUAUAUCAUAGUGUUCGAAAAUAUCGAAACGGCCGUGUUGUUUUAAAACGACGUGCCGGGCUGUAUAUUCGGAAUAAUUGUUGAAAAAACACGGCGUCUCGCGUUUUGAAAUAUUAUCCUCUUUUGAUUUUAUCGCAGGCGCUUUUUUCUCAAAAAACUAAAAUUAAGGGAGUUAAGGGACGUGCGCGCGACCUGUUUUUUUUUUUUUGCUCGAAAAUCAGGAAAAAUUUGCAUGCAAUGAACGAUCUCGUUAUUUUCUAUGUUUUGUUCGUUAGGAAGAGGAAUAAUUUUUACAAGGCGCAUUGGAUUUGGAUUUUGAAAAUCAUACUUCUGGAUACGCUAAAAAUUAGUUUUCGACUAAUGUUUACCGUUUAUUUUUACAACUCAAUUUUUACCGGUUUUUGAUAAAAUAAUUUUUUAAAAAAUCAUAGUUUAUACAGGGUCUUGUAGAAAGUUUUUCACUCUCACACAGAAAAAAAAAACUAUCGAAUCGUUUUACAAGUCACGAGAGUUCGUCUAUAAAGCGUGUUUUGAGCGCCUUAAUGUAAAAAUUAAAACUAUUAUUUUCUAGCUUGCUAAUCGUAAAUGUUAAAAAUAUGUUAUUACACAAAGACGUAUCAUUAGAGUCUGAAGUUGAUCGUUUCGUUUGUAAAUUGUUUGUAUUCACGAUUUUUGUAAUUUUUUUUUUAAUCAAAUUUGAAGUUAAUUCAAUUUAAUGUUGGCUUGUGUACGAUUUUCUAAAUUUAUAUAAUUUUGAAUAACAACCAAUGAUUUUCACUUUCUUUUUUUACGAAAUCUGUAAUUUUAUAUAGUUUGAAGUUAAAAUACCGACAAUACUUUAUAAUGAACAUAGUAUACAAUUUAUGAAAUUCACUGGUAUAAUGUUCGUCUACAAUUUUUUCUUUUCGUAGAGAUUUUAUAAGUUUUUCGUAGUAAACUAUAGACACCUAAUUGAUAAAAAUUAACCUACUUCGAAUUUAGUAAAAAAAAACAAUGGGAACAGACGCGAUUUAUGAAACAAAAAAAAUUAUGAAACUUUUCAUGUGUAGUUUUGUACAUUUAAACUAAUACGUUGAUAGUUACAGUAGAAAAUUCGAAAAUUUGCUUAUUUUUAAAUUGUACAUUUAUUCUUCAAUUUCGAGAUUUUGUUACCUAUUAUACAUAAUUCGAUGGUAGACCUCGGACUAUAAUUGAAUGUUGAGAUCCGUUCGUUGACAAAAAUAUUCAAUCGAAUACAAAAUUACAAAAGAAAAAUCCAAGUGCUCUGGCAAAAAAAUAUCGUAGACCAUGCAAUUAAUAAAUAAGAGAAGUUUUAUUCUACUCAAUAAUUUAAAAAAAAAAUGGACCUUUCUUUUUUUGUGUCCUUCAACCGUAUUUUAACGAUUCGGAAAUUUUAACAUCAAUCGAAAUUUAUUAAUACUGUCAUUUAAAAUUAAGUUAUCAAAAAAAUGUUUAUAAAUUGUAUAUAUUUUUAAAAUUAUUCGCAUUUUUACGUUUUUUGCGUCUUAAUUAUCAACUGUAUUUUAACAUAAAUCGACAAAGUUUCAUCGAAAUAAUAAACUAUAGAGAAAUAAAGACGAACAAACGUCGAACAAUGAGUAGGCCACUGUUGUAAGCGAGAAUUUGGUAAGGUAGGGGAAUUUAAUUUAUAUCUGUAGACGACGAUAAACUCAUUGCUAACGAAAAAUGAUUCGGAGCGAAAUUUUUUUUAUACAUGUACAUUUUCCCGUUUUCCUCAAUUAUUAUGAUUACGAUUAAAGUACCGUCCUGAUAAAAUUUCCUUUCAGAAAAGGUUUCUUUUUUUCUUCAAAAAAUUUCUUGAAAAUCUAAGCAAAAUUUCGGGUAGAAAAGUUUUUUGAAGAUAAAAAAAAAAAAAUACGCUCCGAAUCUAAAGUCAAAUAAUUUAUCAAAAAUCUUUCGAAAUUCCAUAUCGGGGGUUCAAACUACACUUGCAUUUCCGAAAUGUGAAUUCCCGUAUUUUUAUCGUUUAUAAUGCAGACGGGCGUAUCGUUUUGUGGUUUUUGUCACUUGCCCGUAAAGAAUUUUCUCGAAUUCGAUUUUUAAAAAAAAAAAAUUAUUCAAUACCGCAUUAUACACCGCAGCGUUCGUAUUAUAUUAGGCAGUCACACAACAUUCGGUUUUUGUCGUCGGGGUUUCGUUGUCUCGUUAUAAAAUCCGGUUUUUACCCUGGAAAAAAAAAAAAAGAAAUAAUUUCUCUCACGCGACUACAAACCAGAUUGCCGUGUGCGUAGGCUCGAUAUUAUCGUAAAACGCAUAGGUAUAACACACAUAUCACGUUUUUUGUGAUCUCUUUCGACGAUAACACGCGGGUUAAUCAAUAUUCUGAAUAUACAAUAAUUAUGGAUAUCAUUAAGUGCGGUCGAAUUAUUGCAUAAUUAUAAUAUAACACGUAUUACGUACGAAAAUACAUUUUAAUCAACGGUGUAAUAUUAUAUUUCGUGACCUUUUUUACAAUAAUUAAUUUAUAUCAACACUAAUUGCACUCGUAUAAUGUGUUUUAUAAUAAUUUAUAGAAUAUUCUAGAAGUAAACGGUUAUUAAAGAACUUUUAGUUGAUGAUAUUACGCUGUAAACGCGUAAAUUUUUCUCAGUCAUCAUAUUCUUACAGCAUUAUCGUUACACUCGAAUAUUCUAUUAUUUUCGAUUCGCAUCUAUUAAUAUACAUAAUAUACAUAGUAUACGUAUAUAAAUAGAAUUAUUAAUUUAAAUUAAUUAAGUUAAACUUUCGUAUUAAUGCGGUUAUCGUAGUUGAUUUUUUAUCUCUUGAAAUACGCAUAUUGGUGUCGUAAACGAUUUUGAUGUUGCGCGCCGUUGACCUUUCUUUAUGAGAACUUACCGUAUAGAUGAGUCUACGAAUUAAACCCGAGUAAUAUCGAUCAAUUAAUCUUUAACCGUGCCUAUUGCCUAUUAUAUGAUAACAAUACCACGUAAACAUAACAUUACCAUCUGAUAAUGUCAACAAAAGAAAAUAUUUACGAUAUUUUAUCGAUUUACGUUUUUAAACAAUACAAUACUAAUAGAACAUUCGAGUACAUUCGAUCGACAUAAUAUUAUUUGUACGUUUUUUUUUUCGUUUUUAAUACGCAGUGCACAAUAAGUCAUCCCGAACCAGUCUUGCUAGAAGUGCUCGAACUACUUUCCAAAUAAAUUAAUAUACAAAUACCACUAUAGAAUGUAUUCACAUACACGAGCAAAUAAUUUCGUUCAAAACUGUAACAGAAUAACAAUAAAUAUAUCAAUAUUUUCGCGUUAUCGCUCAUUCACACGUCUCAUUUGUCCGUAAAACAUUACGAAAUACACUGAAUAACCGACUUAUCACUUAUAGGCUCCAUUGACGACAGUAUUUUAAGCUUUUAUUGUAAUACCGUGACCCAAAAUUUGUAUUUAAUAAGUAUUUUCAUUAACAAAAGGCAGUGGCGUGCCUAAGAGUUUCCAAUGCGAGGAGAUGUAGUAAAUAUUGUUCAUGAAUCAAUCAUGGAAUCGUUUUCUUUAUCCGAUUUGACAAUGUUUUUAAAUACCGGAUGCAAAAAAGAUCAAUUUUUAAUCAAUAAAUUCAGUUUUUCCUAGUAACUUGGUUGAAAUAUUCGAUUUAUUAAUCGACGAUUAACUUACUAAAUAGAUACUCAUAGCUGUUAUUGUGUUAAAAUUCCGAUCAAGAGAGAUUAUAUGACCCCCUAACCUCUCUUCCUCUGCCACUGUGUCAAAAGCUAACACAAUCAAUUUAUAUUUUACAACAUGUGAAAUGUAAUUAUGUAUAUAAAGAUUUAAAAAGAAAUUGUAUACGGGUAGAUUGAUUUGAGUGUAUUUAAAUUAAAAGUAAUUAAAAUCAUUUUAGGUAGUAUUUAAACGUGAUUACUCAAAUAUCUCGCAAGAUUAUCAAAUUGACAUAAUAAACGCGUGAAGUAUAUAUAUAUAUAAAAAAAAAAAAAAAACAAAUUACUUGUAGUCGGUAGCUGAAAAUCAAAAUUUAAUCCAACCUUUCAAUUUUUUGAAUUAAAACAUUGCAACUAAUAUAAUUAGUUACUGAUAUUGAUAAUAAUGAUAUUUAAGUAUAGCCCAUUAAUUAUUGAAUCGAUUAUAAAUUAUUAAAAUUUACCAUUAAAAUAUAAUUUGGUUUAAUACCAUUUGUAUAUGAACACGCAGGAUAAUAAUUUUUACACGAAGCGGUAUUUUUCUCGGAGGAUUUUAAGUGAAAUUGUGUUCUGUUUUUAUCAAUCGUUGUUUUAUUGUAACUAUGUUCAACUUUUAAUCCUUACUCUAUAUAUUAUCUUAAAUGUAUACUUUUGAUUUUAAUUAGGAUCCUCCUUUUUUGAACACCAUAUAUUCGAAAAGAGAAUAUUUUUCUAAAAAUGUCGACAUGAAUAACAUUAUAAUAUCGUACAUACCAUUUACGAAUAUUACAGGAGUUUAAAGUUUAGAUCCGAACAGUAGACAACUAUGGUAUUACAUUUCAUAGCUACUUUCAGAUAAUAAAUUCGUAAACAUUUCCUAUUCCUUUGGUCUAAAAUUUAGACUUUAAUAUCGUGUAAUAUGUAAGAAAUCAAUUUCACUUAAGGUCCACCGAGAAAAUUGUCGGUUCGUAAUAAAAAAAUCGCUCUGUAUAUUUUAUGUACUUAUUUAAACUAUCUUGUUUUAUAUCAUCUACUAUAAUUGAUGCGGGUUUAAUGUCAAGAACCGCUCGGUUACAGGAUAUACAUUCUUUAUGCUUGUAUACCUAUGAUAGAGUAUAACAUUAUAUUCUCGUAUAGAACGUCUCGAUUAAAAAAAAAAAUUUUAAUUAAAGAGGCUACGUUUUUUACGUUUGUAUUUUAUGGAGAUUUGACGGGAUAUUUUCUCUGUAAGUAUCUAUAAUACGUUAUUAUAAUACUGCAGCCACGCUCAAGGUAGUAUGUUAAAUUGAAAUCCACGUUCUUAAAAAGAAGAAAAACCACACAUGUCCACAUUACAUUCGAUUCGUCAGAAUACUAGAAAUUAAUUUACCGCCUGCAGUCGUCUACUAGAUGUCCAUUUGCAUGUUCGCAUGCAGCCUUCAACAAGUAUUAGCCUUCUUGACAUUAAUAUUAAGAGGCGUAUCCGAUUUUCCAUACGUUUGAGACCAAUACUUGUUGAGAAAUCCGACACAUACACCCAACGACUGAUUUUAAAUUUUGAAGUCUCCGAAAUUAGGAAAUAAUUAUUUUUGAAAAUAAUCCAAAUUCAUUCAUAUUUAUUCUGGAUACACAUAAUUUCAAAUCGAAAAAUCUAAGCUAUAGACAAUUUGUCGUAAAAUCCAUACGAUACUUUUAAUCGGGCAUUGGAAAUUAUGUGUCAAAUGGAUUCCGCGGAUUGUCGGUCGAAACCCAUUUCCAACAAUCCCAUGUAUAAUAAUGUUCUAAGUGUGAACAAUCGUAAAGAAAAUGAUCGUAUUAACUUAUACAAACAUUUACGAACAAAAAAACUAUCAACUAAUGAAUCCAUAUGCCUUUUAUAAUAAUUUACUAAUUUAUUGCGGUUUUUUUGUAUAUCGUUACAGUUUUCGCAGUCGACCGAUCUCAAAUACCAAAUCAGUAUAAAACUUAAACAGUAACUUCAACAAUAUAAAAUAUACAUAAAUCAUUCAAAAUGAUGAUCCGUUCCUUACGCAAAAUACCUCACAAAAUAGCUAGUCAAAUGGCUGUCGACGUCCUAUCUAGGAACAUGUCAACCCCGCCGCUUCAAAGAAUGGAAGAUUACUUUCAAGGGAAAAAAUUCAUCGUCACGGGAUCGUGUGCCGGUUAGUAUAAGAAAAUAAUGUUCGAAAUAUUUCAAAAAUGAACUGAUAAUAUAUCUUCUGUCUCGUGGAAGAAGUACUUAUGUUAAUUUUUGCCAUUUUUUACUAUUGUGUCUUUUAAAGUUUCUUUCCUUUAUUUUUUGAUCAAAAUGGCAUAAAUAUAUUCUAACAUUUGGUUUACUGAACAUUAAAAUAUCUUACAAACACUUGAUUGUACUUUUUGAUUGGUGAAGAGACAAAAGUCAUAUAGUUUUAUGACUUCAGCCAUUUAGAACGCUUCUAUUUAGAUUAGAAUUAACAAUUUUCAAAAUUAAAAUUACUUGUACUGAAAUCUAUGAUGCUAAAUUCCAGACUUUCUUUCAAGUUUCUUCGUAACGAAGAUAUAUUUGAACAGCUUUUGAAAAACUAAAGCCAACGAGAGACAUUUUUCGAUCGUUUAUUUCGAUGGAUUUGAGUGUAUCGAUAUUGGUUUUCAUUUGUGUUUUUUUUUAGGUAUGGGAGAAAAAAUAACGUCUAGAUUAUUGGAUUUGGGCGCGUUUGUCUACGCAGUGGUGGAGAAGGAAGAUAACGCGGCCAAAGCAUUACCGAACACCAAGCAAAUAUUCUGCGACAUAUCCGAUUGGGAGGAUACGUAUAAAAAAAUGAUAGACAUCGGUCCAGUGCACGGUUUAGUAAACAACGCCGGCGUGGCUGUCAUCGAACCGUUUUUUGACGUCACCGAAUUCGGUUGGGAUAAGUAAGAGACGGUUUUUUUUUUUUAGAUUCUGAGCGUUGGUAUGAUAUGUGCUUUUAAUUUUUUUUUUGACUAUUUAUAAACAACUUUUUUAUUAGAAACCUAUCGAAUUUCUAGUGUAAAUUUUUUUCUGAAAGACACAUUUUUUCUCAUUGAUAGAAGUUUUUCCGAAGUUUUCUUAGCAAUUGGGAAAAACUGUGAAAAAUAGUAGGAAAAAAGAAAAUCGUAAAAAUCGUGACAUUUCAAAACAUAACUGUCUGAAACACCAAAAAAAUGUUCAAUAGGUUUACUGUUUAUUUGUAUAUCGUUGAUCUAAACUGCGACAUCCCUUAUUGAUUAAAUCAGAAACAAAGCGUUCGUUCCAGAACCAUUUCGAUGAUAAUUCAUACCAAAUAACGCUCGAAAUAUCCAACAAUUGUAACACUUGGAAUAAAAUCAAAUGUUAUUCUAUUUUUUUUUUCACGCGCAGGACUUUGAACGUUAACGCCCGAGCCAUAGUCAGAAUUAGUCAAGCCGUAGCGAAAAACAUGAUCGAUGCCGGUAUCAAAGGAUCUAUUGUGAACAUUUCUUCGACAAUAUCAACGGUAAGUGUUAAAAAAAAAUCUAUUCCUACAUAAAAAAUAAAAAAAACAAAAAAUUAACAGUAAUAAUAAUAAAAAAAGGCGCGUGUAAAUACUUCGGGUUUGUCAUAAAUCGUUUGACUCGUUACAUAUUAUUUACAUAGGCAUAUUUUUUCAAUGACAUAUCAAUUAAACCGUAGACAUAACAGUAAUAUGAUAACUGUUUCGUGUGUCGCUUACAUUCGUCACUUAAUCUACUUACCCGAAACCAAAUUCGAAAUGAAUUCUAUAACGUUUUCAUGGUCAUGUAUUAUUAAGAUAUAAUUCGUAGACACUUUGAACAAGAGUAUUCGUAAUACACUGUUAGAAUAUUUGUAUAAUACGUACGUUAUAAUUUUGUGAAAGAGUAUAAUGAAAUCGUUAAAAUCUUUAGAAAUUUAAAAAAAACUAUUCAAAAUAAUAAUUCUUCAAUAACGGACAAACCGUUAAGAAAUAUCCUUACGUAAUUUACUCUACUGAAAAAUUGCUUACACAGUUCCACUUUACUAAUUAGAAAAUUCACUAAUACAAAAGAGAAAAUAUGCAGACUAGACUGAUACUGCUAAUGCUUUUAGAAUGGGCUCCGAUGUAUAAGGUAAUUUUAUUUCAAUACUAAACCAUCGCUAACGAAAAUCGAUUCUGAGCGGAGUAUAGUUAGUCGGAUUUCUUAUCUUGUUGCUAAGGUAACCCAUAAAUCAACAACCAUUAUAUGUUUUUCGCGUUUAUCAAAAAUUAUUAGAUAAAAAACACAGGAAAUUCAAAAAAAAAAAAAAAAAAAAACGAGUUUCUUAAUAUACCAACUAAAUAAACAAUUCCUAUAAAGUUUUUGAUUUUGAUGAGAAUUUUUGGUAGAAAAGUAGUUUACAGUCAUAAAAUAAAUUCGCACACAAGUUGUCAUUACGAGUUGGCCCAUUGCAUGUUGUAGGUAAAAAGUGAGAAUGCAGGAUUACACAUGGUAAUUUAGUUUAUACGAACUAUAUUUAAUUAAAACUAUAGAAAUAAAAAUUGCGAUUGAAAUGUAUGCGUGAUGUAUGUGUAUUUAUCAACGUUUUAUUCUAACAGAGAGCAAUUCCCGAUCACACAACGUAUUGUGCGUCCAAAGGAGCCGUAAAUCAAAUCACCCGGACCAUGGCUAUCGAGUUGGGCAAGCAUGGAAUUCGGACUAACAACGUGAAUCCGACGGUUGUUUUGACGCGUAUGGGCAAAAUCGCGUGGUCCGACCCCGAAAAAUCGGGUCCGAUAUUGAGACGAAUCCCGUUGGGCAGAUUCGCAGGUGAGUACGACGAAUACACAAAAAUUGCGGUUCAUCGAAAAUGCCGAGCAAACGAUUGGGGCAUACGUAAACUGCCGCCGUGAACGACCAUUUUUUUUGUUAACUGCGCCCGAGUUUAUAUCCGUGUUAAAAAGAUAUAAUGUAAAAUGCGCUCUGUUUUUUAAUACCGAUUUCAUAUUCGAUACGACUUUGGUUAAUUUUCCGUCCGAACUCAUUCAAUACUCACAAAAAUAUUAAAGUAUUUUAUCUAUGUACAUAUGUGUCAAUAAAAACUAAACGUUCGGUAAAAAUACCGACUCGUUAUCAAUUAAUAUGAUUGAGGACCUAUUGGGUUAUAAUUAGAUCAUUGCAUAAUGACAUCGGUAUGCUAGUAUCUAUCGAUUUAAUAAUCAGUUAAUGACCUGAAAAUUCGUGUCGCAGAAUUUUAUUUUGUAUAAAUAUAGAGGUUGUAAAUUUUUAAAUUUUAUUCUGACGCUGUUUACAAACUAUAUGAUUUCGUGUUUAUCUGUACCUUGGGCUCAGUUUACAUCGCCGAACGAAUGUAAUGUUAGCUGAGCCGAACACGCGAAAUUUCGAAUUUAAAGAUUUUUCCGCCCGGUUUUUUUCAUUUUUGAAAUAAUCGAUCGAUUCGAUUAAUCGAAGAACAAAUAUCAAUAAACACACAAUAUUACUAUGCAAAGUUUAACAGAAAUCGCAUUAAACGGUAAAUUCGUUCUUUUUACCACAUACCACUAAUUAUAUCUAUACUUAAAUUAACUCGUUAUACUAUAUAAAUAAUGAAAAUUUACGUAGGAAAUUUCCCAUGUCGACUUACUCCAGUCAAAAGUCAACUCGCACGCGAGUAAGAUAACGAAUUUCGAAUUUUUUUUUUUUAAAUCGUUUAUUAACUGGUACAAAAAUAUAUUUUGUACUUAGUUUUGAUUUCGUCAACAAUCUUAAGCAAUUUCCCAACGCACGUAUGUAAGAUUCACGUAUUUUACAUUAAAUUUUAUUAAUCCUUAACACAACGUUUAAAGUUAUAGAUUCGCAAACUCGGCUCCACUCUUGGGGCUGGCGACAAAGAUUUCGAGUACGUUUUUAUUUAACUACUAUAUUGUACAGAAUCGUUUCUUGUGGAUCUUACACGCGAUAAUAUUUAUUCGAUAAUUGUAUAUUGCGUGUACGAUGUUUGAGAAAAAAAAAAAAACAAUCCCCAGAAUCAAUUAAUGUUUGCAUUCCGGUUCGUCGGUCUAAACGCGCGCGGAAAUCGAAUCGCUUUCGACCGCCUUAAACAACUUGGUUUAUAUAGAAUUUAAUAUUAUUGUAAUAUUUCCGUUUUGUCGUUUUCAGUGACCGACGACAUUGCGAACGCCGUGAUUUUCAUGCUCAGCGACUACUCCACCAUGGUAAACGGAACAGCCCUGGUCGUCGACGGCGGAUUCAUGGCCGGUUAAACGACCCGCAGACGCACCCGCACCCAUCGGCCACCUCCCCGAGGGAAGAAAUCGAUCAUCGUUUCUUUAUCACUACUAUACCUAUAUAUUAUAUAAUAUAGUUCGACGAAAACACAAUGUAAAAUUUAAACAAUUUUUUUUUUUUUUUUCGCACACCACUAGAACACUUCGAUAUUAUUGUUUAACGUAUUUUUUAAAACAUACACCCACCUACCUACCUACCUAUGUAUAAGUAUAAAUACAAUAUAAUUUUAUCGAUUCGCGCACCCGAUAUACAACAAUAAUGAUUAUAUAUUAUAUUUACAUAUCGUGUUUGAUGUCAACAAUUAUAUAUAUAUAUAUAUAUAUGCAUACAAAAAAUGUUUAUUUCGGAACUUAUAUUAUUACGUUUUUAUAGAUACUCAUCGUACUUAUUACCGUUUUUCGGUUAUUAUAGUAUAAUUAUAAUAUAUGUAUAGGUAAGGUUCUCGGAAGGAUAUAUUCGUGCAAUUUUUAAUUUAAUUUUACUUAAGACGUUAUAAUCCAUUAUAACUCGAAUGGAAUAGCUGCUGCCAGGAUAGGAAGAACCUGUUUUUUUCGGUACAAAUAUUAUAAAAAAUUAAAAAAAAAAAAAAAAAAAUAAAAAACGAUUGUACAUAGGUAUUAUUACGUUAUAGUAUUAUUAUUAUUAUUCGUAGAUUCACAUAUUUUUCUAAAACACAUUUAGGACGUUAGUUUACAAAAAAAGAAUAUUGGUACGUGUUUUUUUUUUUUUUUUGUAAAUUAAUGCGAUUAAAACUAACGGAAUGUAUAAGUAUAUAAUAUUAUUAUAAUAUAUUUAUAAUAUUAUUGUACGAUUGGUGUAAAAUAAAUCGUUGAGAAUAAUUAUACAAUUAUAUUUUCGUUUAAACUAAUUUUCCACAGCCCAUUCGAUUCGAUCCGAUUCGGUGGACAAUAAAUUACAAUCAAAAUUGUAUGAAAAUUAUUAUAACGGCCGUUUAUUCGUAAAUUGUAUCGACAAAGAAAACCUAUUACAAUAAACAAAUGUACCUAUUAUAGGAAAUUAACGCUGUGCACAAUAACGAGUUAAAACAUUUAAGUUGGUGUCGACGUUUGAUUUAUUUAAUUUAAUAAAUAACGGGUUACUUUUGAAUCGUAGCACGAAAAAUUAGUUUACAUUUUAUUUGGGUUUCAACACAAUAUCGCAUUCACAAUCUAUUCGCUUUAGCCUUUACACACAGCCUGUGCUUAAAUGUAUUUAUUUAUUAUAUUUGUUUUUUAACGUGUAAGGCAAUGGUACAAUAUUAUGUAUUCCAUUGUACUAUUGCCUAACAUGAUAUAAAUACAUUUGAACAGCAGAACAGACGGGGGACACCGACAGAUGAGAUACAACUCACUAUGCGCAAAAUACUAUCGGUUUCAAUUUAAGCUUCACCACACACACACCCUCACACUAUAUUUAUAUGUUUUUUUUACACGUCGGCAAACGGUGUAAUAAUACAAAUAAGAUAUAUCCGAAAUGUAAAUAAAUUUGUUUGUUCUAACAGAGUAGUUUGUAUGCAUCAAUAUUAACCAUCGAAAAUCAAUGUCAACCGCCUAGAACUCAAUCCAAACUUGUCGGUAUAAUGACCACACUGUAGAUUAGGGAUAUAUACAGUACGACAGUGUUUCUUAGAACUGAUAUUCACUAUGUAAUAAUAUGUUACCCAUUAUUGUGGAAAUAAAUUCACAAAAAAGCGGUAUUUGUAUUUUAUGAUUUAUCUAAAAGGUCUUAACCUAUUAGAAAAUAUGCUAUCGGGUGGUGCAGUUGAAUCAUCUGUCUUCUUCCUCCGGCCGUUCUUGAGGACAGGCGCUAUACUUAAGUUAGUUAUAGUUGAUUAGAUUUUCAAAUACAUUUUUAACUUAAC